GCCCCGGCCGCGGCCCCGGCGGAUCCCGCCCCGGGGGCGGGCGGUGCCGGGCGGUCCCGGUGACAUCAGCCGUGAAAAGGGCGCGGGCGGCGGCAUCCGGCACUGCCGCCCCGGGAGCGCGGGACCGGCGCCGCAGACCCCCCUGCCGUCAGCAUGGCAAACCGGGGCCCCUCGUACGGGCUGAGCCGGGAGGUGCAGCAGAAGAUCGACCGGCAGUACGACCCCGAGCUGGAGCAGGUGCUGGUGCGCUGGAUCCUGGCACAGUGCGGCAACGACGGCGGCGGCGCGGUGGCACAGCCGGCACCCGGCAGGGACGGCUUCCAGCAGUGGCUGAAGGAUGGCACGGUGCUCUGCCGGCUCAUCAACAGCCUCCACCCUCGGGGCCAGGCGCCCGUGGCCAAAAUCCAGGCGUCGGCCAUGGCCUUCAAGCAGAUGGAGCAGAUCUCGCAGUUCCUGCAGGCGGCCGAGCGCUACGGCAUCGCCGCCACCGACAUCUUCCAGACCGUGGAUCUCUGGGAAGGGAAGAACAUGGCGUGCGUGCAGAGGACCCUGAUGAACCUGGGCAGCCUGGCCGUGGCCAAGGGUGACGGGCUCUUCGUGGGAGACCCCAACUGGUUCCCCAAGAAGUCGCAGGAGAACCGGCGCGUCUUCUCCGAGGACAAGCUGAAGGAGGGGCAGAGCGUCAUCGGGCUGCAGAUGGGCACCAACCGGGGCGCCUCGCAGGCUGGCAUGACGGGCUACGGGAUGCCCCGCCAGAUCCUCUGAGCCCCUCCGGACCCCCCAGGCCUCUGCCUGCCAGGGCCCCCCCCCCAAAACUGCCUUAACCCCUCGCCGUGGACCAGCCGGGUGCCCCCCGGCCCGGGCAGCCGCCCCCUCGCCAGUUUUGUCAGGACCAAAGUAAUUUUUUUAUUAUUAUUAUUAUUUGGCUGGGUGGGGGCGGUGCUGCUGCGCCCACCCCACCGUCCCGCAGUGCCUUGGGGGCUGCUGGAGGGCCCCCCCAGGGGGUUGGGGAGCAGCCCCUGCACCCCAAUAAACUCCCGUGAUCCCAAUAAACGGAUCCUCUUCUU